AUGGAGAGGCAGAGGAGCCCCUCCACCUGCUCCAGGUCGUACCACUGCCACCACCUGCUGAGCCCAAAGAGGCUCCUCCUCGUCUCCUUGGCCUCCUUAUCCCUCCUCUUCUCCUUUCUCUUGGUCUUCCACCACGGCCGCCCGCUCCGCCUUCCCAUCGCGUUCGCCACAGCCCCAGCGCCGGUUCUCGUUGGUGGUGGGGGUUACUGGGGCGACCCAGCGGCGGUGGAGGUUGAAGAAGCGGUUCUCGGGCUCGGGAGAGAGGAUUCGGUCGCGGGGGGAGCCCGCCCCGCUGUUCCCGGAGACUUGUCGGUGCAGGAAGCUGUUACUCCAAGACCAAGAGGGAAUGGCACAGCACCCUCGAACGGUGAGGUUUUCAAAGGGCAAAAGAUCGUGGAUGCUGGAAACCACUCUUUUGGUUUUGGAGGCUUGGAUUCGGCUGUGGAGGUGAAAGAAGCUGCUCCUGAAGGUGGUGGUGGCGAGAGGAUGCCAAAAGAUUCGAUUUCAGAGGGACCAAUCUUAGCAGAAGGCAAGAAUCUUAGCAAAGAAACUCUUGGUUUGGCAACUGCAUCAGCAGAGAAAUUGGAGGGAACGGGGUCUGCGGGAGCUGUCAAUUUCUCCAUACAAGCUUCAGUUCCCGCAAAGGGGCCGAGAGACGAAUUAUUGCAGGAUGGACAUGUUGACGGUAGUCCUAAUUCCUCUGUGCAUGGAGCUUAUGCUUCUGAACAAGGGGAACGAUGGGAAAGCUCAGAUCAUUCAACAGUGAGGUACAAAGCAGCUCCAGCUCUAGUCAAUCCAACUAAACAAGACCCUAAUCUGAAUCCAGAAAUGCCCGCGAGCAAAAUUGAUUUUGGGCAAAGCAAUGCUGUAAAGUGUGACGUUUCUGAGGGGAGUUGGGUGUUCGACGAGAGCUAUCCCCUCUAUGCGAGCAAUGCGUGCCCAUUUAUAGAUGAAGGAUUCAGCUGUGAAGCUAAUGGGAGAAUGGACCAGAGCUAUAUGAAGCUGAGGUGGCAACCUAAGCAUUGCAGCAUUCCAAGGUUUGAUGCUAGGAAAUUGCUUGAGAUGCUGCGAGGAAAACGACUAGUGUUUGUUGGAGAUUCCAUUAACAGGAACCAAUGGGAAUCCAUGAUGUGCUUGCUGAGUAUGGAAAUCUCAGAUCCUGCAAGGAUUCAUGAAACUCGUGGCCGCAAGAUUAAGAAAGAGAAAGGAUAUUACAACUUCAAGUUCUUGGACUAUAAUUGCAGUGUGGAGUAUCAUGCCACACAUUUCUUGGUGCAUGAAACCAAGGCAAGAAUGGGCCAGAAGGGCACAAUGACGCUACGGAUCGAUACCAUAGAUCAGAGCUCAUCAAGAUGGAAAGGUGCUGAUGUGCUUGUGUUCAACUCUGCUCAUUGGUGGUCACGUCACAAAACAAAUGAUGGAGUGAAUUUCUAUCAAGAAGGAGAUCAUGUUCAUCCAUAUCUUGAUGCCUCCACUGCUUUCCAAAGAGUACUAACGACGUGGGCAUCGUGGGUCGACCACUACAUCAAUCCACGGCAAACUCGAGUGUUCUUUAGAAGCACAUCCCCAUCGCAUUUCAGCGGUGGGGAGUGGAAUUCAGGGGGACACUGCAGAGAGAGCAUGCUGCCUCUUAAUGAUACCCAUGCUAGGCCGGUACCUGAGAGAAACGUGAUCUUGGAACAAAUCACGAAGCAAAUGAAGACUCCUGUGACAAUUCUGAACAUCACUAAUCUAUCUGGGAUCAGGAUAGAUGGUCACCCAUCUGUAUAUGGCCGGAAGACGAUAGAUUUAACCGCAUCGAGCGCACAGGAUUGCAGCCACUGGUGCCUUCCUGGAGUCCCAGAUACAUGGAAUGAACUGUUAUUCUACCAUCUACUGUCGCCAAAAGAAAAAGAUGUAACAAGUUAG